AUGAUUAUCUGCAUUUCAGGUUCCAAAGAGUACGAAAUCUUGUAUGAUAAGCUCUGGGAUGAGCUGCAGCCUGUUCAACUGAAGAGACGAAACCCACUGAGUGUUAUGCGUACAGAUACCCUUGCAGUUCAGUUAGAGAUGUUCUGCCAGCUGGUUGAGUGCUGUAGUAAUGCUUGCUUACAUUUGCGUGGAGAAUCAAGAAAUAAAGUAAUUUCUUACAUGGAUACGUUGUUACAUGCUGUGAAAAAGCGCGGAAGCAAGAUCAGUGGACAAGAAAUUGAGGAGAUCAACAUGGAGAUUCAACGUUUUCACAGACUGUGCCAGCUGUACAAGAUAAGAAGUGAGGGCGCAUAUAAAAUGUAUUGCAGUAAACCUGAGGUGAAGAAAUGCUUCGACACAGCACACAGAAUUGCAUAUUCCAUAGAGAAAUUUUCAAAGGAGUGUGACAUGGCGCUGAAGGAUGCCCUGGAAAAUCUGAAGAAGGAAGUCAAGAGUGAUGUCAUCAUAAGCGAUGCUGAGAGGAAGAUGAUAGUAGGUGCACUCAGCUUCAGGCUAGGUCACUGGUAUAAGUGUCCUAAUGGGCACAUUUAUUGCAUAAGUGAAGGUGGAGGGGCAAUGCAGAUAGGACAAUGCAACGAGUGUGGAGCGGCAAUAGGAGGUAGCAGCCACAGGCUUCUACCAGACAACAGCCUAGCUUCUGAAAUGGAUGGUGCCACUCAUCCUGCAUGGCCACAGUAA